UGAAAUAUUGUAGAUUCUCUCAUUUUAAAAUGUCCCAAUGCCAAGCAUUAUUGCUCUCUUCCUCUAAUUGUCAUGGAUAUUCCAUGUUGGAGUUUGCUAAAGAAGAAAUUUGCAAUCUUUUAGAAAAGAAUAACAUUGAAGAUUUGCUGUUUGUACCAUAUGCACAAAAGAACUAUGAUGAGUACACAAAAAAAAUAAAAGAGGUUAUAGAUUCUUGGGGCUUUUCAGUCUCUGGUUUACAUACAUAUGCAGAACCUAUGGAAGCAGUUAAUAAUGCUCAAGCAAUCUUCAUUGGCGGUGGGAACACCUUUAUGCUACUUAACACGCUAUAUAGCUAUAAUUUAGUAUCUGUUAUUAGAGAGAGAGUACUUGAAGGAAACUUGGUAUAUAUAGGAAGCAGCGCAGGCACCAAUGUAGCUACUAAGAGCAUACAUACAACAAAUGAUAUGCCCAUAAUAUAUCCGCCAUCUUUUGAAGCCAUUGGUUUGGUUCCAUUUAACAUUAACCCACACUAUAUUGAUAAGAGUGAAAAUGAAACGCAUAAAGGUGAGACAAGAGACCAACGAAUUGGUGAAUAUAUGGAAAUGCCUCAUGCCAAAUCAGUUUUAGGAUUGAAAGAAGGUUCUAUGUUAUAUGUUGAUGGUGACUCACUAGUAUUAAAGGGAGUAGCUGGUGCUGUCUUGUUUCAAAAAGGAGGGAAGAAAACAGAAUAUUUUGUUGGUGAUAAUAUAUCAUUUUUAUUAGAAGAGUGAAGCUAUAAGUUUAACAUUGCAUGAGAUUUAAGAGAAUUAUUAUAAAUGAAUAUAAUAAAUCAUGUAAAUAUAAAGUAUACACUAUUCUGUAAAAAUAUGAAUUUAUUU